AUGAAUUUGAGAAGAGCUUGUGAGAAAGAUGGAGCUAAGAUGAUACAAAGAGUUGUCACUGGAUUGAUCGAAAAAACUCCAGGCCUUGUUGAGGGUGUAGAGUAUAAGGAAGGAGAUCAAACUGUGUCUGUCUCUGCCCAUAUGGUCAUUGUAUGCAAUGGAGCUGAAACCAAAUGGAUGGGUGCUGAACUGGUGGUCAAACAUGCUUCCAAGCCUUUGAAAAAAGAUAAAGAAUUGGUCACGGCUGCAUUAAAAACAUCAUGGGGAGAAGCUUUACGAUAUGCUUCCGAUCAAUUGAAGAAAGAAAAAGCAUUUGUCCAACAAGUGGUUCCUCUGCAUGCAAGAGUUCUUAAAUAUGUACACGAGGAUCUUAAAAAAGAUCGACAAGUUGUUUUGGAAGCAGUGAAAGCACAUGGCGAUGCACUUCAGUACGCUUCUGAGGAUUUAAAGAGAGACAGAACAAUUGUGUGGGAGGCUGUAAAAUCAAAUGGUGAAGCAUUGCGCUAUGCUCCUCAUGUUUUCAUGAGAGACAGAGAGAUUGUAUUGCAAGCAGUGAAAUCACAUGGUGAUGUGUUGCGAUAUAUUUAUGAAGAUUUACAGAGAAAUGACAGAGAAAUUAUUUUAGAAGUGGUGAGAUCACAUGGUGAUGUCUUGGAGAGUGUUUACAAACAUUUUCAAAAAGAUAGAGAAAUUGUUUUGGAAGCGGUCAAGUCUUCUGGCCAUGCUCUUGAGUAUGCAAGCAAAGAAUUAAGGGAGGAUUGA